AGUCUCGACGUACUAUCCACUCUCUUCGCGAAGACCAGUACCAUACACUGGUACCAUCGGAAGAUCGAUAUAAAAGUUGAUUUACUGACCUAUUUGUUUAGUUGCAAACUAUGAUUCAGCAGACUGAAUGCGGACCGAAUUUGUGUGAUUCUGUGUGUUAGCCGGCUUCAUUAAUGCCAUCGAUAAAGUGAUCGGAUUUCGUAGUACACUCGGUAUAAUGAAGAUCAUUCUUCUGAUCCUACUCUCAGCAUGCACGCUCCUUGCAGCCGAAUACCCCCGAUACAAACUCCGAGGGCCUCCUUACCCUCCUAGAGCCCCCAACCACCAAGACUUCCCCAAUAAACGGCAUCAGCUCCCGCAGUAUCCUCAGAGGGGCCCUCCGAAAGGCUCCAAGCCCCCCAUGCCACACCUGAUGCAUAACUAUCACAAGGGCCCCAUGGGGGUCCCCAUGGGGAUACCCCAGGCUCCACCCAGACCCGUUUCGUUGCCCCUCAGGACUUUCUGGAAGAACGCCCAUGUGCCGAUGAAGUUUCCACAGCCUGAGAAGGUGUUUUUGCAGCAGCAGUUGCAGCAGGCUCAGCUGCAGCAAGGACAGCUGCAGCAGGUUCACCAGGAGAAACCGUUUUUAUCCUCGCCAAGCAUAUCUGCUCAGGAGUAUGACUACCAGAUUCAAACCAACAACAUCCCGACAUCCUACGUGAACCCAAUCAAGCAAAUAGGAGAAAAAGGGCCAAUACACACCAUCCCAGCACCUAAUCUUAGCCCAAAAGAUAAACCCUACAUAAUUGAAGAAGCUAGAAACGAAAUAUACCAACAACCAUUCGUAAUUGAAGAAAUCAGGAACGAAAUACAUCAACAGCAACAGCAGCAACAUCAGCAGCACCAGCAGCUACAGCAGCUUCAACAGCAGCAUCAGCAGCAUCAGCAGCAACAACAGCAGCAACAGCAGCAACAGCAGCAACAACAGCAAACUGCUCAGUACCUUAAGGUAGAACAAAGUCAUCAGUAUCAAGUGACUGAACAACCAGAACCAUCUUUCAACCAGAACUCAUACAGACUACAACAACAGAAUCAAAUAAACCAGUUCCAAGUUCAACAGCUGCAGCAGCAACAACAGGAGCAUCAGCAACAGCAGCAGCAACUAGAGCAAGAGUCACUGAGGCAAUUCCAGCAACAGCAGUUCACUCCAGACACACAAGCACAGAACAAUAAACAAUUCCCACAAGGAGACAUCAUCUUGGGCAACAAUUUAAGUCCCCAGGACCUCUACAAACUGAUAGCCACAGCAUACCCACAACAACAAGCCCCAGAAUCGUCCGAUCAUCAGCAGCUGUUCCACCCAGAACCUAUCAACGUAGAACAGCUGCAGCAAGACGUUGCUUCGCAGCUAACCUCCAACAAAAUAACCUUCCAACCGGAGUUUCAGUCGUUUAACUACGAUGAACAAGCGCAUCAGAAGAGCUUGACCAAGGGCGAACUGUCUUCCUUGGUGUCUGCAGCUUACAAUCUGGAUCCAAGCGCUGAAGCUCCUGAAGAUGCAGAUCAAGAACCAGAAGCACAUUCGCAGCAAGUGGUCCAAAACUACUUUGAGAAGCGGUCUGAUGUUGGUGAGACCGAACCAGAACCUGCCAAGCAGCUGGAUAAGAAGCUGCCUUCGUUCUACUCCUCCCUGCCAAAUAAGGAAGCUGCUGAGAAGCUGGCGCAGCUUCAGGCAGCUGGAAAGAUCAACAGCAACUUGAUGAAGAUCGGGUCCAUAAUGAGCAAGUCCAAAGAACCUAUGGCUAUUUUCAUACCUGAUGAGACUGUUGGUGGUAAAGAUAAAUUGGAGGAGGAUGAUAUACGGGGUGAUUCUGAAGAGCGGUCUGUAGAGUACGAUGAUUACUCCCAGGAAGAGAUUGCUUCCGAGGAGGAGAAUGAAGGAUAUGGGCAUAAGUUGCAACCAAAGAAGUUUGAUUGAAUGAGACUUUGAUCGUUUAAACUUUAUUUAUUUAUUUAUUCUAUUUAUUAUAUUGUCUUGCCUUGUGUUUUUUUGAUUGAUUGAUUGUUUUGAUUGUUAUUUUUGUUACAAAUAAAAUAUUUGGAUCGUGGUACUGAGAUAACAUACACACAGUCAAUAGUGGCAUGCUGAUGACAGCUGUCGUCUGAUGAAAUCAUAAUAACAAAUUCACGAAAUGUGUGAUGAUUUCGAUAUCAGAACUCUUCCUUCUAAUUUUGUAUCAGUUUCGAGGCCAUCUGAGGUGAUAGAAAAACUGAAUGAAAGAAGAAAGAAGGCUCACGAAGAUGCCAUAAAAAGUAUGAGGGAAAGACAGCGGAAGCUGAAUUUGGAAGCCGAUGAAGCAAUCAAGAACGAAUCGGAUAUAUUCAAUAGAAAUUUUGGGGAGCUGAAAGAAGAAGUGGAUUUAUUAGUACGCACAGUGAAAUUUGAAUACAUCAAGAUGCAUGACAAUCUUAUUCAUGGACAAGACCUUGUGAACAAACCGUUUCUGAAGGUUUCUGAUUCCUACGAAAUUCUGCUGAAAACAGUCGACGAAUUCCAUGAGAAGCUGGUAGACGUCGAUAAAAAACGAUCUGAAAUCCUGAAAUUGAUAAUGAAUGAGACGAGAAACACUGUGUUUUCUUCCGCCUACUUUCUUCCCUAUCAAGUUGACAAAUUCUUCUACGAAGAAAUCUUGGAGCUGAAUAAAAUUACUUUGAACAACUGCCAAAAUUUUGCCGAGCUCAAAAGAGACCUGAAACUUCAAGUAUCACGAUAUAUGAGAUUUUGGUCAGAGGAACUUCUGGAAAUCAAGGAAAGGCAGAAAUUUUAUGUGAAGCAGCUAUCAAAAAAGAGUGUUGAUCGACUCAAGAGCGAUCUCAGAAGUCAACUAGCGACAGUAUGUCAAUCCGAUGAAGUGGCAGACGCACUUCACAAACUAGAAACGCAACAAAAUGAUCUGCAAUGGCCCAACGAUGGCGCAUCUGGUAUACCAGUCAGUCAAAAAGAGGUCGAACUAUGGCUGAAAGAUGUACAGAAAACAUUAGCAUCUUUAGAUUUGAACGCUAGAAAUUUGGUUUCUCUCUACAAGUCCAUCAUAAUAAUACUGUUCAACAGAUUUUUUGGGGAACUCGCGAAAUUGAAAGAUUCCAUGGCUAAAAGUGGAUUGAUGGAUAAGCAAGACAUAGAAGAUUAUCAGAGUGAGAUUUACACGCCGACAGUCGAAGAACUCAAUGUACAAUUUGAAAGUGAUUUCGAAAAUUUGCAGUCUAUAUGGAACGAGAAAAUUGACCAGAUGAAGGACAGUGUGUAUACCACUUACCGAUUCUUGAAAGGAUCUGCUUCUCUGUGGGACAGACACUUCAAGAGAGUGAUCGAUUUGCAAACGUGUGUUUUAUUGGACUUGGAAAACACAGUGUCAAAAAACAGCCAGACAUCUAUGGUUCACGAAGCUGGACUGAAUAUUCAAAUAGAAAAACUUCGUCAAGGAGCAGACGAGAAGAAAUUGGAUCAUUUUCUGGGCGAUGUCCAAGGAAUCUUAGAUAAAAUUGAGAAUUUGUAUAAGGUAUCCUCCGAUUUGGAAAUCCAGGUGGUCCAAAAAUACAAGAACAUGAUGGAAAUCGAGAUCGAAGUGUUAAUGGCGGAAAUCCAACGGUUUUUAACGCUACAUCCGCCUGACGCGGAAAGAGAUCCGAAGAUACAAAGAAAACGCGCCAGUCAAUGUAGCGAGAAGGAAAUCGACCCCAAGGAAUUGCUGGUGCCCAAUCAGAUUCUGUAUUGUACCUUUCAAGUGGAUGCGACCAAGAACUGGAUGUUUGGGCUUUGGGAAGCUAUCAACCAUUACCUUUCAACCGGCAGAGCUGAAAUUUUGGCUGUUACAGAAAAUUGGAUGGAAAGGCAACGAGAGAAGAUCAACGAUCGCUUACAAGUGAAACUAGCUUUUCACAAACCAAGAUAUUUCAGGAUCAAAUGCUCGAUUUAUGAUAAAAGACUUAAAGAACUCUGGAAACAUGCGGAAAGAUUCACAAGCCAUAAAACGGCAGCAGAACGUGAGAUCUUGCUUCUGAAGAACACCGAACUGACCAUCGAAGAACAAUUUUCAAAAACAUGCAAUCAGUUCAUUUUGGAGACGAAUAGUAUGUUACAAAAAGCAGAAACUUUCCAGAAGUCGUAUCAACUGCGAGGCAGUUUGCAGACUCUAGCUCCGUUGCUGACUUCUCGCAAAAAGGCGUUGACAGAACUUCAAAGAAACUAUUUCGAUAAGUGCAUGAAUCUUUUGGACACUUUGAGGGCAUCCAGUUAUCAGUUUCUCAAAUCAACAAAAUUAUUUUCCGAAGAAGGCAGUUUUAGCAUUGAAGAAAUCACAAAUCUCCAGAAACAUAUGUCUAAGCUGGAUGAAUACGCUGAAAAAACUCUGAAUAAAUACACGAACGAUGCCCAAACCAAAUUCACGAAGUACAUAGGUUAUUUGGAUAGUACCUACGCAAGUACACUCUCCACUUUCGAAGAAUUGAUAAGAGAAUUAGAUCACAAUGAGAACGUGGUCAAAAAAAUGAAAAAGCUUCGAGAAAACAUUAGAACGGAAGUGAUUUCUGUAAAAACGACGUUGAAGAAAAUUGAAACGGAUGCGAAAAGCUUGACACAAAAAUGUACACAAGAUGUUGGAAGCAUUGAGAAACUCGAUUGGUUUAUCGAGAAUUACCAGAAAAUAAUAGAGAAGAUGCAAGAUUUUGUUAGUUUUAUGGGACAGCCAAACCUAUCACCAAGAACAUUCGUGUCAGCUGCCACAUCAAUUAGUGGACACACUACAAGAAUGGGCAGAUCAAAGAGUCAUGCAGACCACGACAUGUUUCUAACAAUCAGUCAAAUGAAUACGGAGGAAAACACUUUCCUCUACAAGCUGAAUAUGAUCCUGGACGAGUCUUAUAUGGAUAUAAAGAAACAAUCCAAGGACUUUUAUGGCAAACAUCAUCCACUCUUGCUUGACCAAUUCAAGAUACAACCGAACCACGAACGUUGCAUGGAAGAAGUCCAUCACAAAUACAAAAUUUUCCAGCAACAAUGUGAAGCCUGUUGGUACGAGAACCUGAAUGAAUUUUCAUCCAUUUUGAACGAAUUCCAGUACUCGACAAACCAUUACCUGAAGGCAUUUGAGAAAACAUUCCGACGUUGCAGUAUUGAUAGGUGUGAAGAAACAAAUAGAAAUAUACUGAACGAACUGGAAAACACCGAGAAGGAAACUCAAAAUAGUUUUCUGAACAUGUUCAAACGGUUGAGGACACUGUAUGGUCAUCCGAGUAACAAAACCUUGUUGGAAGAAUUGCAGAAAGAAUUUGAAGAUUUGGAGCAAAACUUUUCGAAUAUAGAAGAUAUUUUGAUACCUCAUAAGGAGGAUUUGUUGACUGUAUACAACGAAGAGGUAGAAAAUUUCAAACGGGUUCAAGAAAGGAUUUCGAUUCUGAAAGAAGAUGACAGACUGAGGAAUUUAAUCCAGGAUUUGGAAUGUCGACUAUCUGAUGAACAAAGUCAAUCAUGUCACCUUCUUGAAAGUGGAUCUGUGAAUGAUAUCAGAGAAGAACACCGAAGCCACAUAACGUAUCGGGCAUCCGCCAAGGUACCUAUGAGCACAGUGAACUAUUACUCCCCGACCGAGUCUACUACAAGUAGCGAAAAUAGUGAAGAAAGCCCCAAGCAAUUUCUAGAAGAACUAGAUCGAACUUAUGAGAAGAACAUACAGGGUGCCGCUGAAUUCGUGGAAAUCCGCUUGGUCGAAUACCUGCGAGAACGGAAGAAUAUUUGGACGAGCGAAACGAAUUCCAUCCGUGAUUUAUUCAAAGUCAAAUAUGACGAUAAAAACAUCUUAUAACACGAACUCUGUUUUGUCUCUAAAUUAAAGCAGUCUUCCGUUUUAUUGAA